CCUGAAAGGUCCAUCAGUUAUUACAGUCCUCCGUAAACACGUGCAGGGAAAACGCUACUGGUUUUUUAUUUGUGCGAACUUUACUUUAUUAGUACACUUACAAUUUUAUUAUUGAUACGUUUAUAGGGAUGCAAGAAAUCAGCGUUGAUGCCGAGAAAAAUGAUUUUCUGCAGCCCUCAGAUAGUGAGGUACAAACAUGGAUGGCAAAGGCGUUUGAUAUGGCAGUUGAAGCUCUUGAAAACGGCGAGGUUCCCGUUGGCUGUUUAAUGGUUUACAACAAUGAGAUUAUUGGAAAGGGAAGAAAUGAGGUGAAUGAAACCAAAAAUGCUACUCGGCAUGCGGAAAUGGUGGCACUGGAUCAAGUGCUGGCUUGGUGUCAUUUCAGAGAGAAGGACUGGAAGGAGGUGUGUGAACAGACUGUACUUUAUGUGACAGUGGAGCCGUGUAUCAUGUGUGCUGCUGCUCUGCGUCUGCUUUGCAUACCUUUUGUUGUUUAUGGGUGUAAAAACGAGCGGUUCGGAGGCUGUGGCUCUGUUUUGGAUGUCUCGUCAGAUAAUUUACCACAAACUGGAACUUCAUUUAAGUGCAUCGCAGGCUAUAGAGCGGAAGAAGCUGUUGAAAUGCUCAAGACUUUUUAUAAACAAGAAAACCCAAACGCUCCCAAACCUAAAGUGAGGAAAGAUUCGAUCAAUCCACAAGAUGGCGCUCCAGUCAUUCAGAUAAUAGGAGGACCACCAAAUGAGGAGACGGAAACAAUCGCUCAUUUGAGCUGAAAUAUUAAAAACAUUCCAGCGUUUACCUUGUCAUUGCCUGGAUUUCAGUGACAUUUGAUUUUGAGAUCACUCACUUGAUAUACUCCUAUUUGAGGAACCACAGUGCCUCAUUAUCCAGACCAUGUCUCACAUGAACCUCCAAGCCUCCUCUUCUUUGUUGUCGGACGCUGUUAUUUGUCUGUUAACAGUGAGUAGAAGAAAAACCAGGUCUGUUCUGCGUUAAAACACAGGUUCUUCUCCAGCUUUUGCUCUCUCUGUGUCCUCAUACAACCCGAAGACUGCCCCUGAACUCUCGCUGAUCUCAGUUUUUGGCUUGCUAGCAGAUGCAGGGCAGACCUAGGUAGAGUUUCCAGUUACUUCAUAGACAGAAACUUUACGAAUUCAUCUCUGCCAGUAACGUUACUUUCUCACCCUACUUUUGUGCCUUUUUCCGUGAAGCACAAAAGGUGUAGAGUGUUUGAAGAAUAUUGACCUUAUUUUUUUUAAGUAGGGGAGAGUGGGGAGUUGCAAACAUGGGGCAGUUGCAAUAACACUUUUUUCCUCCAUUCAGGAAUGAGCUAGAAUGACGAUAUUCAUACUAACGUUACAUAUUCUUAGUUAGACCCUCCUUUAAUCUGAGAGAAACCAGCCAUAUGUGAAGAUUCCUUCAGUAUAAAACUCAUUUUUA